CCGUUCUGCAGCAGAUGUUGGCUGGCUAGGGGGAGCGACUUCGCAUGAAAACAUCCCCGGGCCAACUCCGUGAGGCCAUAUGUCGCAGUUGAAUCAAUGGUGACGGUUACGUUCGACGAGUUGCCGUCGGUUGACUGAAAACAUUGAGUGCCUUUUGUCAAAAGAAAGCCAGGUAAGAUGGUUAGAUUGUGUAUAAAUAUAUAUUAUUUUCGUUUGUGUGAUGUGUGUCCUAUUGUUUUACAUACCGAUGAUGUUGUUUCGUGUCCUGUUGAUUAGUGUCCUGCUUGUUGUGUCCUGCCCGCCUGUUGAUUGGUGUCCUGUUGUUGUGUCCUGCUGCGUGUAAUAUGUUGUUUUGUGUUUAUAGUUGUAAGUAUGGUUAUUUCGUGUCGUGUCUUCUUCUUCAAUAUCUUAAGGGCCCACGAUCAAUUUAUUGAUCAUUUUGGCUCCUAUGCAUGUAGAUGGGAUUUUCAAUAUUUCUGUUCCUGGUGUUGAUGAGGAAAUUUUACUGAUUUCUAGUGCCACUUUGUGAGGGAAUCAUGCACUAGGGGUUUGAAGGCUUGAGGCAAUAGACACAAAUGUGUCUAGUGUUGUCGCUUCAACCGUUCGUUUUGAAAGAUUGUUCCAGUCCCUGAUUGACUUGGGCAGGAAUGAGCAGGUAUGAGCCUGAAUUGCCUGUCAUGGCCUCGUCGAUGUCUAUGGGGGAGAGGGACGAGUUUCUGUUUAAUACUGGAACAGUGGAGCAGCCCAUUAUUUUUGUGUUUGUGAAGUCGCUUGAGUUUUUUUUUUUUUUUUUGCUUAAUAGCUUUACAAAUGAUUAACUCUCCUGCAGAGUUCGAAUUUUUUUGUGUUUUUGUUGUCGGUUGAGUUUUUUUUUUUUUUUUUGCUUAAUAGCUUUACAAAUGAUUAACUCUCCUGCAGAGUUCGAGUCACAGUAGUGGUUUCAGGGUUAACUUUUGCUUUGUUGCAUUAAUUAAGCUUUAUUCGAAAUAUUUUGGAAUAACUAGCUUUGAAAUAAAAAUAUAUGUGUAAUACAAACAGAGAUUUGAUAAGAUGACAAAAGUUUCAGCCACGGCUUUGGUUUUUUUUUUUUUUUGGUCAUUUUUAAAGUGAAAAGAAAAGUGUUUGCUUUGUUUUAAAUCAAAACAAAAAAUAAAUAAGUAAAUAAACAAGCCUUUAUAUAAAAGACGAUUUAAACUACCUGACAGGUAGACAUAAUUUAAAAUUUCUUAAAAGCAUUUGGCAAACGAACGUUUUGGAGAACGGUGUUAUGGCACUCUGGGAUGCUAGAGGAUUCGAUUUGAAUUGAGAAGAAACUUAAGUCCUUCCAACAAGAGAUUUGAUUUGGAAAUUAUAUUGUUGAGUCAGCCUUGUAUGUUUUUAACGACAUGUAAACUACUAAACAUGUUGACAUGAGCGAAAAUUAUUUUUAAUGGAAAAAAAUCGAUAUCCGUCUCUCAUAUUUUGCGCCCCUGUUGGAGCGACGCCGAUGGAACGUGCCACGUCUUGCAGGACCCUCAGUGCGCUACUAAGUAGUGUUGGGGGAAAAAACAAUUCUUUAGGCAGUGUUGGGCGAUUAAAUUAUUUUUCAGUAGUUGUUUAGCCUGGUUAUGUACAAGGUGUUAAUACCGAUGCCUGUUGAUUUGUGUUCUGUGGCUGUGUCAUGUUGAUUUGUGUCCUGUGGCUGUGUCAUGUUGAUUUGUGUCCUGUGGCUGUGUCAUGUUGAUUUGUGUCCUGUAGCUGUGUCAUGUUGAUUUGUGUCCUGAGGCUGUGUCGUGUUGAUUUGUGUCCUGAGGCUUUGUACUGUUGAUUUGUGUCCUGUGGCUGUGUUAUGUUGAUUUGUGUCAUGUGGAUGUGUCAUGUUGAUUUGUGUCCUGGGGCUGUGUCAUGUUGAUUUGUGUCCUGAGGCUUUGUACUGUUGAUUUGUGUCCUGAGGCUGUGUCGUGUUGAUUUGUGUCCUGAGGCUUUGUAAUGUUGAUUUGUGUCCUGUGGCUGUGUCAUGUUGAUUUGUGUCAUGUGGAUGUGUCAUAUUGAUUUGUGUCAUGUGGAUGUGUCAUGUUGAUUUGUGUCCUGUGGCUGUGUCAUGUUGAUUUGUGUCCUGGGGCUGUGUCAUGUUGAUUUGUUUCCUGGGGCUGUUCCAUGUUGAUUUGUGUCCUGAGGCUUUAUACUGUUGAUUUGUGUCCUGUGGCUUUGUCAUGUUGAUUUAUGUCAUGUGCCUUUGUCCUAUUCAUUUGUGUCCUGUUUCUGUGUCCUGUUGCUUUGUGUCAUGUGCCUUUGUCCAAUUGAUGUGUCCUGUUGAUUUGUGUCCUGGUGCUGUGUCCUGUUUAGUUGUGUCUUGUUGAUAUGUGUCAUAUUGCUGUGUCCUUUUGAUUUGUAGCCUCAUGACAAAUGAAUUUAAUUUUCUUUAAACAGAGUCUGACAAAAUGGUUGGAAGUGAGCGCAAGGAAAUGAACCUUCUUCUGGUAGGCAGAACCGGAAAUGGAAAAAGUUCAACCGGAAACACUAUUAUCGGCAAAGACCUGUUUCCCAGAAGAACCGCCAACGACUCCUCGACGGACUCCGUGGCACACCACUCCACACAAGUGGAUGGGAAGCAAGUAAAUGUGGUGGAUGGAACCGGCAUAGGCGACACCGGCGAAGACAUCGUUGGAGGUGCCGAAACUUUAUCACAUUCUGUUCGUUCCAUAUGGUCUUGGCGGGAUAUUGUAGGCUUCCACGCGAUCGUCUUUGUCCUGAAGUUUGGCGUGCGAUUCACCAAACAGGAAAAAGACGCCGUCCAGUGUGUCAAGUCAAUGUUUGGCGAGGAUGUCUUCAAGAGACGGGGCGUCAUUGCGAUGACUUAUGGAGACAACUUUAGCAAAGAUGAAACAAGUCAUAGGACAUUCGAGGCUUGGUGCAGGGACCAAACGGGAGAUUUCAAAACUCUCUGCGAGGAAUGCGGAUACAGGUGCGUGCUGUUUAACAACAUGAAAAGCGACAGGGAACAGCAGCGGGAACUUAUGUCAGUCGUCGACGGUAUGCCAGAGUCGUACACGCAGGACGAGUUUAACCGCCCAGAGUGCAAGCUGGCCAGAGAGGUCUUCUUGCUCGGUGAAGAGGUAACGGAGAAAAUAGAUCGCCAGCACGGCAGCUGCCUCCAGGAAUGUGAAAUCUUGCUGGGAAAGAUUAUAGGGUGUACAAAAAGUGUAUCGGAAUCUAAAAUCUCGAGCGACACGGAGAAGAGGCUGACGAAGCAACUGGACGGGUUAGAGAGAAGAGUAGCGGCGCUGCUCACGGAACAAAAGGGCAGUGAGAAGUCCAAUUUCACUACAGAAAAACCCCGUCUUUGUUCCAGCACAUUGACGACCAUUGGCUUGGUUGUUAGUGUUAUGGCUGUCAUAGUCAGUCUUACUGUAAUCCUGGAAAUUGUAAUUUUUAGACUUGACAGCGUCAUCGCGUUGAUUUUUAUGUCCAUGGUCCUCAUUGUUUCCGCGGGUGUAGGGUCAGUUUUCAUUUGGAUCAAAGUAAAGGACUUCAAGAUAACUGAGAACGUUAAGCAAGGAUAUUAAGAUGCCAUCAACAAAAUAUUUACACCAUUGUCAUUCUUUUUUUUUCUUUUUUUUUUUGUGUGUAAAUUUAAUUGACUAUUCAUCCCUUUUAAACAUCCAUACACCCGCAGCAAAACGAGAUUUUCGUUGCAAUAAAAAAAAAGGAUGGGAGAAAUGCUGAAAUCCAGAGAUGGGAAAUAUGUUGAAAUCGCAGGGUGUAAAAUUUGUGGAAAUCCAAGUGGGACCAACAGUGUUAGAUUCAUUUUCAGCUGAGUUUCAGCAAGAAACAGAUUCACUCCCAGGCAAUAGUCUCACUCCCGUUGCAAACAUGAAAGUAAAUUGAUUUUAAUAUAGAUUCGCCAGUUUUUGUUUUUUAAAUUUAUUUGUAGCUUGUAUUCUAUGGUAGGUUCUUUGGUGGAUUCUAUGGUGGAUUCUGUGGUGGGUUCUAUGGUGGAUUCUGUGGUGGGUUCUUUGUUUUCUUAAUACAUCAUUUAAUACGUGUAUGUGAUUUCACCGUAGUCGUGGGGUGGGAUGGGAUGCUUAUUUGUAUAAGAAAGGUCCGCCCAUGACCUGUGAUGCACCCUCCUUGCCCUGCCUCAUUUUCUGUCUCGGGUUAAUCCUGUAACAUAGGCCAAAACGUGCCAAAGUGUCCUCGUUUUAUAGCCAUUUUAAUUGUUUCUAUAGUAUAGUAGUUACUAUCCUAGUGUCUCAUUUUUAUUUUAGUUAGUUUACAUGUUUUUAAUAAUUGUAAAGGGCUUAGAGCUUUAAGGUAAGCGCUAUACAAAAAUGCCUAAAUAAAUAAAUAAAUAAAAUGUGCAUUCCGUAUUAAGUGUGAUUAUUAUAACUAUCAGAUAAGCCCACCCCCUCCCCCCACCCCUUUUUCGUUUUAACCCAAGGUCUCUUACACUCUAAACUUCUAAUAAAAUCGCAUUUUAACUAUUUCUCGUUAGAUGACAAUAUGACAGGUUUAAUUUUUCCUUUGAAAUCCUGGAACACGACGUGUGAUAUGUGGUAGGUGGUGGG